GGCGGCAACAUUCUUAUAUAAAGAAGCUGGUCUAUUGCACAUUCUCAAUCUCUUUCAACCUGACAAUCUUCAACAUACACCUUUCGUAAUAGCUCAUCAACGGAACAAUGGCAUCUCAACUUCUCUCCCCUUUACAAAAUGCAUUUCCGCCGGAUGACAUGUCAGCAAUCAAAGGAAUGGUAACUCAUCUAUGCCAUGAAAAUGGAUUUCCCCCAGGUAUCAUACGAAUUUCAGAAAUAAAAGGCGGUAGCAAAAACAAUAUCAUACUAUUCACAUGGAUUCUAACCACACUGGCCCCCGGUAGUCGCAUGGCACCAUGUAUGCACUAUGUUUUGAGGACUCCGAGAAUGCAAGGAGGGAUCCCCGACCUUUGGAUUCAAAGAACCGCCGCUUUCGAUUUCCUCUCCGCCAAGCACUUUGAAGUUCCCAAACUAUAUGCAUAUGAUACCACCUGCGGUAACGCCCUCCGAUCUCCGUAUAUCAUACAGCAACGAAUGGACGGUUGCACUUUGCUGGAAAAGUAUCGUAUAUUGUACCACAACUAUCUCACAUAUGGUCAUUACAAGCCAGAUUCUGAGUACGGGGAGGCUGCUUCCAUGAUAUCCAUGUAUAUUGAGAGACAAGAACUAGCAUAUCAAUUUGAAUAUUACGGAACUUUCCAGCCCGUUCAAGGAAUGGCUCUCAAGAGCUACAGACCUGAUAGAGUCAAGGAUAGGAUUGGUUUGACCGUUAAACCAUUCAUGGAUACUUUAUCCAUGAAAGCCAAUUCUACGGCCAUCGACUUUAUACUAGAAUUGCUUUUCAUGGCAGAGUCCCAGACGCGAAAUCCGGAUCAGGAAAUCAAAUAUCAAAAGAUUCGCCAUAUAGCUUUGUGUAUCAAGGUUUUGGACAGCAAUGUCAUUUAUCGUGCCGCGCAUAGACCCGAGCCAUCUGUUCUUUGGCAUCCGAAUUUUCAGCCCAGCAAAAUCAUGAUGACUGCAAAGCCCUCGUACAAUGACCCCAUACCCUAUGGACCGAAUGGAGAUCUUUAUCACAUAGAAUCUUACAAACUGGAAGCUGUACUAGGAUGGGAAGGCGCCAUGGCACUCCCUCGUAUCAUGACUCGAUGCCCUCCUUAUUUUCUAUGGGGAGAAGGUCCUCAGGUAUGCGAGGCAGAUCAUUAUGCAUGGAAAUGUGUCAGCGUCGAUGAAAUGAUAGAAGAAGGUCUACCGGGAUGGUGCGAGGAUGCUUAUGGAGAGAUGUCGAUUAUUGUUAGGGCGUUGGGAUUUUAUGCAUUGUUUGGUGUGGAUUUUAAAUGGAAUGAACUUCCUUAUGAGAUUUUGAUGGAUGUGUGGUCUCGUAUAGCUCCUGGAACGAGGGAUUUGGAGUAUGCUACGAAGUAGGAAAGUGCGUGUUUUUAUCGGAAGAGGUGUGAUGUCUCUUUUGAUGGAUGGGCAAAUGUGUGGGUAGAUCAGGGAUAUGAGAUGACUGUGGGGGGAGAUUGCACUAUCAGAUUUUAUCCGUCAAUUAUUAUAUCGGAGACA